CUGGCGCGGAGCGUCAGUGUCACGGAGACCUGUAUGGGGUGUACACUCUCCGGCCUUGCCCUAGACAGCAGACGCAGCAGCAGCACCGUAACCACCAUGUCUGAAGUCAAGACUCAGGACCUGGAGGACAUCGCCAACAAGCUGAGGGUCCUCUCCAUCAAGGCGACGCAGGCCUCCAACUCCGGACAUCCAACAUCAUGUGCUUCCAUGGCAGAGAUAAUGUCGGUGCUCUUCUUCCAUACGAUGCGCUACAAAUUGUCUGCACCAAAAGAUGCCAGCUCUGACCGCUUCAUCCUCUCAAAGGGCCAUGCUGCUCCCAUCCUCUAUGCUGCCUGGGCUGAAGCUGGGCUGUUCCCACGCGAGGACCUGAUGAAUUUGCGUAAAAUAGACAAUGAUCUUGAAGGGCACCCAACUCCACGUCUCAACUUUGUAGAUGUUGCCACUGGUUCACUAGGCCAGGGUCUGUCUGUGGCUUGUGGUAUGGCAUAUGCUGGCAAGUACUUUGACAAGGCAUCUUACAGAACUUAUUGCCUUAUUGGUGAUGGCGAGAGUGCAGAAGGCAGCAUCUGGGAAGCUUUGAGUUUUGCGGGAAUAAAGAAGCUGGACAAUCUGGUGGCAAUCUUUGAUAUUAAUCGUUUAGGCCAGUCGGAACCAACCGCUUUCCAGCAUGAAAUGGAUGUUUACCGUGCUAGGUUGGAAAGCUUUGGCUUUAAUGCUCUUGUAGUAGACGGACACGAUGUAGAGGCGCUGUGCAAGGCAUUCCAUGAAGCAUCUCAGACAAAAGACAAGCCAACUGCUGUCCUAGCAAAGACUUACAAGGGUCGAGGCUUCCCAAGUAUCGAGGAUGAAGAGAACUGGCAUGGUAAACCUUUAGGAUCCAAAGCGGAGCAAGUUAUUGCCCAUAUAGAAGGUCAGAUUAAGAAUGCUGGACCCAACAACUUGGUGCCUCAGAAGCCUCUGCAUGAAGAUGCACCAGAAGUAGACAUCUCAAACAUAAAGUUAGCAUCCCCACCAGAUUAUAAGAAAGGUGACAAGGUGGCCACAAGGCAAGCAUAUGGCACAGCACUUUCAAAGUUGGCAGAAAAUAACCCGAGAGUCGUUGCCCUUGACGGAGACACGAAGAACUCUACUUUCUCUAAUGCCAUGUUGAAGACGGACCCUGAAAGAUACAUUGAAUGCUUCAUUGCCGAACAGAACUUGGUGGGUGUUGGUAUUGGAGUUGCUUGUCGUGACAGAACUGUAGCAUUUGUUUCCACAUUUGCUGCCUUUUUCACCCGUGCCUUUGAUCAGCUGCGCAUGGGAGCCAUUUCCCAGACAAACUUAAAUUGUGUAGGAUCACAUGCUGGUAUCAGUAUUGGUGAAGAUGGUCCUAGCCAAAUGGCACUAGAAGAUUUGGCAAUGUUCCGCUCCAUCCCAACUGCCACGGUGUUCUACCCAUCAGACGCAGUGUCUACAGAACGUGCUUGCGAGCUGGCAGCAAACACCCCUGGUAUCUGCUUUAUCCGUACUUCUCGUCCAGGGACUUCAGUAGUAUAUGAAAAUAACCACAAAUUUGAGAUUGGCAAAGCUAGUGUCAUAAAGUCCUCCAGCAAGGAUGAAGUCUUGGUGAUAGGCGCAGCUAUCACCUUGAGGGAGGCACUGACUGCAGCCGAAAAACUGAGCGGUGAAGGGACAAAUGUGCGAGUCAUGGAUCUCUUUACUAUAAAGCCUAUUGAUAAAGAUAGCAUUAUUAAAAAUGCCCAGGAGUGUGGAGGUCGUAUUAUUGUUGUUGAGGAUCAUUACCCUGAAGGUGGUAUUGGUGAAGCUGUGAUGUCGGCAGUUGCCAUGGAGCGUAACAUCAUUGUACGUCAUCUGGCUGUCCGAAGAGUACCACGCUCUGGGAAGUGUGACGAAUUACUUGACAUGUAUGGAAUUUCUGCUUCAGCCAUCGUAAAGGCUGCUAAGGAGAUUAAGAAUGUGUAGAAGAGUCGGCCGAUACUGAAGAGCUUUAGUUUUGCUACUGAAGGGCUUGGUAAAGAAAGCUUUGUGAAGAGCAAAGGAUGGCUCAUUUCUCGCUGUUGAUUAUUAAAGUAGAAUAAAAUAUUCUUAAAUAUUGUAUUUAAGAAAGCAGCAGUAUUGUGCUGAAUUUGGGUCCAUGAAAAGCAUUCCAAUAAAUUUGUUAAGAGUAGGAUUAGAGCCAGUUAGCGGUACUGGAUGAGGUGAGCCACGUGAUAAUUCUUGGCACUUUUAUGGCUUUAAUGACAUCAUUUCCAAGUUACGUAGUCUGCUUGUUGGAGAUAAAAUGGGGAAACAAAUGUAAUGGUAAACAAAAAAAAAAAAAGCAAUUGCUUGAUGCUACAAAUUAAGGCUUUUGUCUGUGCCGUUGGUAAUUAUUUAAUUGUAUUUGAACAAAUUUAAUUUCCUUCAAAGUACAUUGUUGAUUGCUUUAAUGUUUGUGUAUCGAUAGAAAGUAUGGAACUAGUUCCCCAAAAAUAAAAUAUACUAUAUUG